UCCGCGGCUGACUUUCAUCCGCCGCCUCGGUCUCGGUAUUCGCCAUGGGUCCCGCGUUAUUAUUUAUUGUUCUCGGACUGCUGCCGUUGGCGAGUGCCGGCGUCGCCAAGCCGAAAGGACUCUGCAAGACGGUCGUGGAUCGCCCAAUGGCGUCUUUGAUCUUGCGAUGCACCCAGCUGACAAACGUGAAGACGCUGGAUCGGGCGAGCAGAAACCUGACGGCCAUUGAAAUCACGGACUCGGAAAUACCGAAUUUGCCGGGGUUCCUCUUCGUAAAAUUCCGUGAAAGAUUGGCGAAGCUAGAUCUCCAUGGAAUAGGCAUACAAACGAUCGACCAGUUUGCGUUUAGAGGUUUGACGAAUCUGCAAGAGCUGCUACUAUGGGGCAACAAAUUGGAGGUGCUGGACGGAGCCCUGUUCGCGGAGACGCCGAGUCUGAAGGUUCUCGACGUGUCCUUUAACCAAAUCCAGGUGAUCCACUACCAGGUGUUCACGUCGCUGCCGAAUCUGGAGAGCUUCUACUUCGACUACAAUCAAAUUAAGAUGAUCGACUACUCGAUGUUGGCGUACCUAGAAAACCUUAAAAACGUCAAGUUCGAGAAGAACCCGCUGAACUGGGGGUACCGGGCUCACUUAACGUGGCAAUUGGACAAUCAGCGCGUGAAGUACACCGAAGAAUGGGAGGACUGGGCGUGGAUGAAUGCCAUGAUCAAAGAAUGCGCCGUGAGCGGGCACGGCGAAAUACCGAAAGACACGAUCCUCGACUGCGUAGUCGGGGAAUUGCUAGACUUCGCGCACGAAAUAUUUUCCACGGAGACGAGGCAACAAAAGGACGAAUGUGCCAUUAAAGCGGGACGGGUGGCGAGGUGCAUGAGACCCCGGAAUGUUACCGGUAACACCGAUAACGAGACCGUCAGGAGGAUCCUCGAAGGCUACGCCGCUGUCUUAGUCCCAACCACUAAGGCGCAAGGACGAUUUUCGAUGCGGUUCUUCAAUUAAUUGUAAUAGUCUUCCGAUAACUACGAGAACGUGGCUAUUAAACGCCGAUAACAUCAUCUGUAGCAGCAACUUCCGACGAUGAUUAUGUUUCUAUUAAUUCAAACGCUACACUGUAUUUCUAUUAAUUCCUACGAGAGGGAUGAGAAACGUUAGGCAUUGAUUUAUGGUAGAGUUGAGUCAUACCUAACUGUUGAGUGAACUAUUAAUAAGUGUACAUUAUUAUGUAUCUGACUUUUCAUAUUCUAUAAACACUCAAAUAGCUAAUUGAACAAUCGGACUUACAAUUUUGUUGUAUAACGUCGGAUAACAGUAUUAAAGAAUAUUCUAAUGCCAAGGUA